AUGUCAACCGGCUUUCUUCAACAAAAGGAGGAGGAUAGUGAACCACUUCAAGACAAGGAGCAGUUCCAGAGUUUGGUAGGAGCUUUGUUGUAUAUAGCCGUUAAUACAAGACCUGAUGUGGCUAUUGCAACCUCUAUUCUUGGAAGACGUGUAUCGAAGCCUACUAAAGCCGACUGGAAUGAAGGUAAAAGAGUUUUGCGUUAUCUCAAGGGGACAAUCGACCUUGAACUACAUUUGGGAGGCACAGAGCAAUUCGAACUUGAAGCCUUUGCCGAUGCAGAUUGGGCAGGAGAAGUCGGUGACCGGAAGUCAAACACCGGUUACAUUUUCAAGCUGUGCGGUGGACUUAUCAACUGGAAAUGCAGUAAAAAGACUGGAGUUUCAUUGUCAAGUACUGAAGCGGAAUACAGCGCCCUUGCUGAAUGUCUUCAAGAACUGCAGUUGGUUCGAAAAUUGAUGAACGACCUUGGCGAAAGACUGCAGCUGCCGAUAAAGGUGAAUGAAGACAAUCAGAGUUGUAUUGCUCUCUCCGUUGCUGAUAGGAACACCCGACGGUCGAAACACAUUGACACGAAGUUCUGUUCCGUAAAGAACCUUGUACAGAAUGGUAUCGCAACCAUACAGUACUGCCCAACGGAUAUGAUGGAAGCAGACCUGUUAACCAAGCCUUUGGGAGCAAUCAAAUUGAAGCAGCUACGAGAAGCUAUUGGCAUAAAAUCGAUCAAUGUUGAGGAGGAGUGUUGA